AUGUUUCGCCAGCUCCAAAGAAAAGGAUGGAAAAACUUCGUCUUCAGAGCCGCCUGUAAGCGCGGAGCUGAUGUCGACCUUGUUCCCCUGGUAGUGCAACUUAGCGAACCAGGCCCCACGCCGCAGCCUUUCACAUUAUGGGCCAAGGUUGCUCCGCCGCGUCAGGUCAAUUGUAAACAGCGCCAGAUCAAAGGCGGCGCCAUCCCCUUUUUCGACAAAACCAGCAUUUUGGACCCAGUGCAGGUCUCCACGACCGCGCCGCAGAAUCACGAACCGCCCACCGCAACUGCUCAAGAUGACAGUAAAGAGCCACCUCCUGCGCCGAAGAGGAUCCGCACCAAGGGCACCACGCUCCGUCCUCAACCCCGUGACGGCGAUUGCCUGUAUCACAGUUUCAGUGCAGCUCUGAAAUGGCUUACCAAGCGUAAAGAUUAUGAGGCCCCACAUCCUCAUGAACUCCGCGCUCGCAUGGUUGACCAUCUGAAGCGUUAUGAGGACCAGUACCGAAUUCAUUGGGAAAGUGCCGGCAAAAUCGGUCCUACUGGUGAUGCGUUAGACAAGUGGGAGACCUUCCUCAGCCAGGUCUCCAAGCCCGGCGCCUACGCUGGCGAGGCAGAGCUCCGCGCUUUGUGCCGCAUUUAUGAUGUACGCAUCAUUAUUGUGCCGGAAGAUGCCAACUUUCAUGUGUGUGCCUAUCACCGCAAAGCUUCCAAGAAACGAACAGCGGCAAUUUUCUACACCGACAAACACUUCGACUUCUUAGAACCCGAUGACAAGAGCUAUCCAAGUGACAUCCUUGACAUCAACGUUGACCCCACGGGAGGAUUCCUCGUUGGCGGUGACCCUGCGGCUUCUGACGGUGGAACAGUUUUCACCAAAUCCACUGCCAAGCGCAGCAGCAGCAGCAUUGUUGCCUCCACCACUUGGACGCGGCCGACCAGCCCAGCCAAGAGAGGCUCCACUAAGGUUUCCACGGGGCCUGCCACCACCAAAAGGGCAAGGCCCAUAAAGUCCCAGCGUGGUAGCAUCAUGUCCGAGGUUGCACCGGUCAUCGUUGCCGAAGACCCAGACGGCGAGCGGCAAACAUCAACGCCCACGCCAGCGCAGCUUAGGAUGCGCAGGAUAGUCUACAACAAAUUGCCGGCAUCGGGGUUGUUCAAGUGUAGCCUUUGUGCGUUUGUCCGCAAGGCAAACAAUCAGGCGCAGUACUCCGAAAUCCGGUAUAGACACUCGAUGCAGUACCAUAAUGGUGCCGGCUUGCCAGGACGGGCAAAACGGAAACAAGUCAUCUCCAAGGUCGAAGCAGGCAAGUCGUACGCGUGGCGUUGCAACUUUUGCGACCAGGGGAUUCUCAGCGGCGUCCGUGCGCAAAUCUCCAAAGGAACCUUGAAAGAUGUCAAGCGCAAGCAUCGACGUGCGGCGCACCCGCGAGUGACUGAUAAAGUCUGGCAAAAGGCCAAUAAUUGCUCUCGCCAAGCCACGCGCAUCCUCAGCAUCAACCGCUUCGCUGCUGCCAAAUGCCGCGAUGACAUGGAGCUGAUUAAAAAGGGACACAGCAAGUUCAGUUGGCCCCUGGCAAAGAAGCACGACAUCCCAGAGGAGAUGUUCGACUCCAUCUUCACCGGGGCGGAGAGCGCCCUCACAGUGCUGGCCAUGCAGGAGGUUGAUGUUGGAACACUCGCCAGUCAAGCGGUCCACCGUGAAUGGAAGGUUUUGGUAAUAUCCUUCUAUGGCUUUCCUGAUGACCGCCAUGCAACUGGAGAAGCCCUUGAUGAAAUUCACACCGCCAUACGCCUUUUUGGAGGCCCGUGCAUCAUCCUCGGAGACUUCAAUCUUCAGAUUGACGAAGGCCGAGUUAGGGAAAUGCUGAUGGAUGGACGACUCAAAAGCUUGGAUGAGGAUUUCCUUUUUCAACAACUUCCUAACACCGGUCCCACAGGCACACGGCGCAUUGACUACGCGUUGUCCAGUCGAUGCUUUGCUGCAAGUGCUUUCCGCCAUUUUCCCGGUUUAGGGGAUCACGUAGUUCCUGUGUACGAUAUUGCCCAGAUCACUGCUCAUGGUCAAUACGUACUUCCUCAGCGGCCCCCUGUCACCCGUGAAUGUCCCAAGACGAUUGAAUGCCUGUUCCAGCAGUGUUGGGAUGAUACUGUCUUCCAAGAACACCUUAAUAUGGAACGGCUUGAUAACGCCUGGGCCAACUUGUCACGUGCGGCUGAACAGGCGUUGUGUGAGCAGCCCGAAAAGGGCAUCCGCCGUGACGAGGCUUUCUCUCCGCAAUCUGCUGCACCAAAGAAACAACGUAUUGGCGCCAAAGGCCACGAGUCUGCAACGCUACAGCGCCUCAGACGGCUCAGCUAUCGUCUGCACCAGCUGGCCCGGAAUCCCAAUGAUCCACCACUUCGAAUGCGCAUUAAAAAGUCCUUGACAGGCAUUCGUGCCAAGGGCAUCGAUAUCCCCUUUCAAAGUUUUGACAAUUUAGAACUGUUGUGCCCUUCUGUUGAUAGCAUGGUGCAGGAGUUUGAGCAGCAGGAGAAAAGUAUCGCCAUAAGCAGGUGGCGAGCCCACACACGAAGCAAUCUCAAUGCCCAAAUAGCCUGGGUCAAGCGACGGGCUGACGAAACUCUCGACUUUGAGAAGCCCUACCAGGCGGUGCAAGAUGCCCCACAGGCCCCCGAUGUAAAUUUGACCAUCGAUGCAGAAUCAUUGCGCGCCGCUAAUAAGGCGAUGUUUGGCAAAGCUCCUGGGCCGGACUCCUGGCUGCCUGAACACCUUCAUCGGCUGCCUGAAACUUUUUGGAAUGCGGCAGCAAGACUAUGGAACAAAGCGCUGGCCUUGGGCCAACUCCCCAAGCGUUGGACCGAAUCCACGGUCACCUUGAUACCAAAGAAAACGGAUGAGUCAAGACCCAUCUGUUUGGCAUGCAUCAUGUGGAGAUGCGGGGCACGAGUCCUCGCCCGAUGUCUCCGCCCUUGGCUCAUGAGUUUUGUCGAUGAGAGGUCCUUUGGUGGUGCCCCUGGUAAAAGCGUAACCGAUGCACACCUCAAAGUCCUUCAAGCGCUAGAUGACGGUGUCUCUGAAUUCAUUUUCGAAGACCUCACUGCCUUCUUCGAUUCGUUGACGAUGCCCGUGCUCGAACCCAUCCUCGCGCACCUGCGAGCUCCGAGGCAGAUCAUCAGCAUUAUUAAAGCCUAUUAUCUCGCACCCAUGCGUUUGUUUCGCUACAAAGAUGCAGUCCAGCCUGCAUGGCACAAGUCCACCGCCGGCGUCAUGCAGGGGUGCCCAUUAUCACCCAUGUUGGCACUUUGUGUUGGACACAUAUGGGCCCAACAUGUGGCCUCGGAUCAUGCAGAACCGCUGUGUUAUGUCGAUGACAGGCUACUGUGGCUCAAACCAGGGGCCCAUGACCUGUCUGCUUUCAGGGCCGCGCUGGAUCGCAGCUCGCGCUUUGAUAAGGCGUGCGGGUUACAAUGCCGACCAAGCAAAUGCGCUUGGAUCUCAAAGCCGGGAAGCGCAACCAUGGCACGCCUUGCACGUGACAAAGGUUAUCCACACAUGCAGGAGCUGCCCAUGCUUGGGGUCCGCCUUGACCUCACCAGUGGCAAUGGGGCCCCCCUUAAACUUGACCUUCACAAGGCCCUGCACCGACUGCGGGCUGUCAAGAGCAUUGGCUCUGUUGCGAGCGAGAAGUCUUUACUCAUCCGUACGUUAGUUUUCUCCAUGGCGUUUUGGUGCGCUGGUGUUGCCCAAGUCGACAAAGCAGGUGGAGCCAAAGAGCUGAUGGGUCGUUUAAGAUGGCGAGCCACGGAAGGUGGCAACUCUAUCCAGCGCGUCGAUGAUCAGGGCAGGCCCAGAAUUUUCCGCUUUGGAUGGGAUAACUUCUGCAUCCUCGAGGCUUGGCUUUCGGAGCAUCAUAGGGCCAUCGCUGUCCAGGAAUGCGGGCGAAUCCGACAGUCCUUUCAUAGGCAAGAUCCCAGCUUGGCCCGUGGCCUUGAUCUACCGCAGCCGCCAGCACGAUCACGCUUUGACUUUUCAGCCCAUCGUAUUGUUCACGAGUCCCACGGCUCGAUUGCAUUGCACCGAGCUGCCGCGGCUUCCGGGGGAAGUUUCUGGUACCACCAACCGGCCCAGCGCAGAAGGCGGACAGAUCACCUUCAGGAACAAUGCAUGUGCGGGCUGGGCAAACCGUCGCGCCCACACUUAACGUGGAACUGCGACGCUACCAGUCAGCUGCGCCAUGGCUUUCGCAUGCCCGUGCAUCGUGCAGAGGAACGCUUAUUUGCCACGCAAAUAGACGAGUUUCCUCCAGCCCCAUCCGAGGUGGGUUUAGCCUCGCUUCAACAAUCUGUCGCGCAAGCCCUUCACAAAGCUUUGAGUUGCGCAAAGGGCGACCCUGUGCUUGUGGCCACAGAUGGAUCGUCUAAACAUUCUAUCUCUGCAUUUGCCAUAGUCAUUCGGGCGAGCCCGACGCCCGUUAAGUUUGCAGCGGGUCAUGCAGGUGAAGACCAAACCAGUUUUCAAGCGGAAUGCCAGGCCCUCCUCGCUCUGACCUUAGCCGCGGUACGAGCCGCCGAAAGGGGUAUCCAAGGACGAAUCAUCGUCCUGUGUGACUGCCAAGCUGCCAUCCGGCACGCAACUUCCAUCCCUGAGAGUCUUGCGUUGCCCCUUAUGGCGGCGUCAAUCCAGGGUCAUUUGCGCCGCGCAGCCCUUUUGGGCGUUCACUGUGAGAUAGUCUGGGUCCCAUCCCAUGGCAAAAAACCUUCCUGGGUAGGGCCACCUGGGAUAGAUGUUGAAGUGUGCCGUCGUUUAAAUAACGAUGCAGACCACGAGGCUGGCAGCCUCAUGGAACGACGCCGGUCGGACUCUGAACGCAACCGGUGGUUCCACACUCUGGAGCAAGCCAGACAAUGGACCACCGGAGCCAUUCGCAUCUCUGCUAUGGCAUCUGAGCAGUACCUACAAUUCCUGACCGAAGGGUGA